UCGAUAACGAUUGUUGUUGGUUGUGAUUUGUGAAUUGUGAGUGCUGGUGGUGGUGGUAUUGAAACAGUUUAUAACCUGUACAUAAUCAUAGUAAUAGCCUUAUUAAUUGCAAUAAUUCGUAAAUCUUGAUAAUAUUGACUUUUUGUGCUGGUUUACCUAAUGUAUCAGUUAAAAUAAUGGAAAUGACAAUUCUUUCAUCAUACUUGUCUAUAGAUGAUGAAACGUAACUUUUAUAACCUCAACGUCUAGAAUGGAAGACUUUAAGUCAACUCAUUAUUCAAAUGCGAUUUCUAGAACUCUUAGGAUAUUUUCAAUUGAAGGUGUUGAUGGAGAGGUGGUUGUGACAUUUCUUGUAAUUCUGUUGAUGGUAAUUGUAUGCCUCAUAAAGAUUGUUCAAUAUGUACAACAAUCUUUGGAAACAAGGACUGCUAUGGAAGGAUCUUUGAUUGUACAGCCACCUCAACCUAGCUACAACAGAUCAGAAGAACCUUGUCCUAUUUGUUAUCAUGGUCCUAUUACUUUUGCUGUUGAAACUGAUUGUUACCAUUUAUUUUGUGGCACUUGUAUGCUUGGACUCAUCCAGUAUGCUCGUCACAGAAACAUAAUAUGUCCUGUCUGUAGGGCGGAAGUGUUAAUGUUGUAUCCUGUGUUCACUGGGGAGGAAUAUAGUUCUGAAAGAUUGUCCAACAAUGCUCGAACACGUGACAGCCUCAUCAGUGAAAUUCAAGAAUACAAUCGUUUAUUUUCCGGAGGUAACAGAACUCUUCUUCAAACAAUAUUUGAAUUGCCUGUCUUUGUUCGCCGUCUAUGGAGAUCAUUCAACAAUCCAGAUGACAUUCUUGUGCAAAAUAGAAUGAAAACAUUGUUGUAUGUAAUAUUGUUAUUGGUAGCCUUGUAUAUUCUUUUCCCUUUUGAUCUCUUUCCAGAAGUAUAUUUUGGACUAUUUGGUUUUCUAGACGAUCUUCUUGUGAUUACAGUGUCUUUGUUUUAUUUAACAAGUGUGUAUAGAAGUCUUUUCUUUAACCUUGAGCACAAUGACUAAUUAAUAAAAUUUAUGUGGCUUAGGCUCCUAAUAUAAAUAUAUAAUAAUUAUGUAUUUGUUCUGGGCGUAAUCUCAUACAUAAUGUAUUUCCAGGUCAAUUAAUAUAACGAUUCAGUGUGCCAAGGAACAUCUUUACUUUUAAUUGUUUUAUUAGAAAAUAAAAGUUAUGUUAGUAGGCCUAUUAGUUUUGCGCAUGUAACGUAGUGCAGAAAGUUUAUUGAAGUUAUAAAAUUACAGAGAUCCAUUUGUGAACGACUGACUGUUACCAUAAUAUAUGCAUAAAAAACAAUAUAUACAAUAAAUAUAUUGUUUUAUUAUAAAUUUAUUUAACACCAUCUAUUGUGUAUUAGAAAAAUGACAAUAAAGAAAUUGAUUAAUUAAACUUUGUUCUAAUGAACAUUUUAAAACAAAAAUAGCAAAUCGUUCCUCAGGUAUGCUUACACCAUUUAAUUUGUAUUUAUACGCUUUAGAUGAAAACAUAUAAACAAAAUAUUGUCACUUUACAAACGUAAUUUAAGCAUUUAAAUUUCUUUUAUUUAUUAUUUUGUAAUCCUUAGAAAAUAUUUGUAUUAGAAUCAACUGAAAAAAGCUACGGUAUCAAGAAUAGUUGCUACAGCUAGAUAUCAAGGUAUUCAUAAUUCAUGUAAUGAGUACCAUUUUGUAAUUUAUUGGUUUAUACAAAACACCUGAUCAUAUCUAACGAAAGCUUUAAUCACUAACAUGUUUGCAGCAAUGCAUUUCUGAUGGGUAUUUUUGCAAUUUUAGAGACAAAUGAGGUGGAGCCAUGAAGUUGGAGAGAAACAUUUUGCCUUAGUUUUUCUCUAGGGCACAACAUAAACUUAUGUACCAAAUUUCAUAUCUUUCUAGGUAUAUAUAUUUUUUUUCUGGCCUUUGGUAAAAGAAUGAUUUAGUCAGAUAGGUAUAUGUAUAGAUGAGUUGAAAUUUUUAGAUUGAUGCAGUUUCAUUUAUUAUGUUAAAUUUAUAAUAAUUGGAAUGAGAACAUUAUUUAGAAAGUGUUUGUUUUUUUAAUAUGAGGUUGUUGAGUAGGAAAGCCAAUUAAAAAAAAUCAACAUGCCUUUUAUGAAUCUAAAUAGAAUAUAAUUUUAACCCCAGGGACCCCAAGAUGGAUAAGUCCACUAAAAACAAAAAUUCAGUUUUGAUUAUUAUCGUGAUAAUAUUUAUUCUACACUAGUAGGUAAAAUAAAAAAGUCACUCUACUACAACAGUGUACAACCAGGUUAUUUUUAAAAGAAGUGACUCAAGUUUGGCACAUAAGGUCUUGUUUGUGUUAAUUUUAUAAAAAUAUAUUAGUAAAAAAUCUUCUAAGACAAAAAAAUAUCAAUAAUGCCAAUCAUACAUAUGUGGACUUAAAAAUUUAAUUUCUAUAAAUAUUAAUUAGUAUAUUCUGUUUUAGAACAAAUAUGAAAUUGUUGUCAGUAAUGUUAUCUUCCUUCUGUUGUGUUUAGUUUAUUAACCCUUUGUGCUCAGGAGGGUUUAAAAAGAAUAAUCUCUCAGGUCGAGUGGUUAAUACUGUUGGCCAUUGGCUAAUACUGUUGGCCAUUCCGGUUUCUUUGUAACAUUUACCUACCAACAAUGCAGAUUAUAAAUAAUAUUUUUGAAUGGUCAGCUGUUUUGGACAUCUGGGAAGAAGAAGAAAUCAAGUGGAGAGCUGUACUAAAUAUCUGUUCUCAGGGGACCUAAAAAAGAUAACUAAAUAUGUUGAAUUAGCUAAGGAAGGGUAGUGACCAGUGGCCAUCCAAGCACAAAGGGCUAGAACAUUUGAAAAGCCUAAUUCACGACUCUAAAUAUAAUGUAAAUGUAUAUAAUUCAAUUUAAGAGUAGGUAAUUUAUUUUUUUAAUUUGUUACUAAAUAGUUGUACCAUAUGAAAAAAUAUAUUACUUCUCUAUUUCAAGUGUAUACUACUACUGUAAGUGAUAUUUUUUUAACACUAGGCCUAUACAAGUUGUGAUAUGUUUUGUAAAUAAAAUCUUGUGUGGCUA